AAAACAUUCUUAAGUCUGAGAAUGUUCUCAAGUCUGAGAAUAUUCUCAACUCCCCAAUUCUCAGACUCAGCCGCCGCCAUAAAAAAGUUGAGCAAAAUAAAAAUUCUCAAAUUCUGUUUUAUUCUCAAAUAUUUGAGUAUACAAAAAAGUAGACUUAAGAAUUUUCUCAAGCAAACAAAAUGGCUGCCAUUGUCAGACGUCGGCGUCGCAGAAGACAGAACGCGGUUCCAAUGAGGCGGCCCCGUGUUUUUCGAGACCUAAGUAAUCCUCUGGAAAGCCUUGAUGAGGAAGAAGUGUAUCAAAGAUACAGGUUUUCUACAGAAACAAUUCUGUUUAUCGUGGAUGGAGUCAACAACAUCCUAGAGACAGACACUGCCAGGAAUCGGCCGAUUCCCCCGCUGAUCCAGGUGCUCCUUUUCCUACGAUUCGUGGCCACCGGGGCACACCUGCGACUUGUUGGGGACAGUUUGAAUGUGUCAGAAUCGUCUGCAGGAAGAGUGGUAAAAUCUGUGGCAAGGGCAAUUAUUGAGGUGUUCACACACCUUAUUAAAUUCCCGGUGGGCGACAUGGCCAGUAAAGUCAGGGAAGGAUUCCGCCGAAUUGCAGGAUUUCCUAAAGUUCUAGGUUGUGUUGAUGGAACACAGAUAAGAAUUUCCACACCGUCUGCAAAUGAAGCUGACUUUGUAAACAGAAAAGGAUUUCAUAGUCUAAAUGUUCAGAUGGUGUGUGACCCUAACUUUAGAAUAACCUCCCUUUGUGCCAGAUGGCCAGGAUCCUGCCAUGACUCAAGAAUUUGGAGAACAUCAUCUCUUUGUCAGCAGUUUGAAAAUGGAAUGCAUGAUGGUCUACUACUGGGCGACUCUGGCUACCCCCUAACCAGAUAUUUGAUGACCCCCUAUCUAGCACCACGGACCCCUACUGAGGAGAGAUUUAAUGCCAGCUUGUGUCGCACACGGGUUCUGAUUGAACAGACUUUUGGAAUAUUGAAGAGAAAGUUCCAAUCGCUUCAUUUUGGACUGAGGACAUGCCCAGACCAAGCAGUAGAAUACAUAACUGCUACCUGUAUCCUACACAACAUCGCCAUAGACAGACAGGACACUCAAGUCAGUUACAACAUUUGCGACCUUAAUAUCAGGGACUGUCAGCCUCAGCUCCUGCAGGACCCUGCAGCACCUGCCAGGAAUGAUGGAGUUUUGAAGAGAGCUGCCAUCACCACUGGAUUUUUCUGAGCCACUUUCAGGCUAUGUACCAUAAUGCAUAACUAUAGACUUUUGAAGUUUGAUUUUAUGAUAAUUUAUUUUUGCUAAGUAACAUCAUUUUAAUCCCUCUCUCUCUCUCUCUCUCUCUCUCUCUCUCUCUCUCUCUCUCUCUCUC